GUGUUUUCCGCCUGGUUUUAAACCGUUUCAGUAGAAACGGUGUUGUUUUUGGUUAUUUAUAUUAUGUGUGAGUGUUAAACUGUAUAAUAUAAAUUAAUUUUAAUUUGAAUGGUUAAUAAGAAUCCUUGAAAACACGCCGUUAAAAGCAGGUAUGCUAACUUUGUGCUAAAAACAGUUAAAGUAGUGAGCUUGGUCGCGUUGUAUGUGUUGUUCUGAUUUUUCUUCCAGGAUAAAAUUUCAGAAAAAUGCGGAUAAAUGAAGACAUUUUACUGGAAGGCAGUAAGGUUGUGUUGGUUCCCUACAACACUGAACAUGUUCCCAGGUAUCACCAGUGGAUGACGUCAGCCGAGCUGCAGAAACUCACUGCGUCUGAACCUUUAACCCUGGAGCAGGAAUAUGACAUGCAGAGAAGCUGGCGAGAAGAUGAGGAUAAGUGCACAUUUAUCGUCCUGGACAAGCAGCGAUGGACAGAUCCGAGCAUCUCAGAGGAAGAUUGCAUGGUGGGAGACGUCAACCUCUUCCUGACUGACCCCAGUGACCCGUCACUGGCUGAGCUGGAGAUCAUGAUAGCAGAGCCCAACUACAGAGGCAGAGGAUUUGGCAAAGAAGUGACAUACAUGAUGAUGCGUUACGGCAUCACCAAACUCGGCAUCAAGAAAUUCGAAGUGAAGAUCGGUUUGGAAAACAGGAUCAGCAUAGAUAUGUUCAAGAAGCUCCAGUUUCAAGAGCUCUCCAUCAGCGAGGUGUUUCAGGAAGUGACUCUUGGCCUGACUGUGAGUGAGGCAUCAUGGGAAGAGUUGCUGGGCAGCACGGAUAUCGCACAGGAGAGAGAGUAUGGAAAAACACGGGACUCUAGGCACAGAGAAAAACAUUCUUUAACCACCGGAGCUGAUGGGAACUGAGAAGAGAGACGGUUUUAAUGAGAGCCAGAGAGUAAACGGAGAAAAGGUUCACACAGGAGUAUCAGCAGAUAUCUAAACAUCAUUUAUUUUGCUGCUAAAAGCAACUCUGAUUUGUUAUAUUGCACUUUUAACACAGCCUUUGUGUUCUGUCCAGGCCAAAAUGAUUCACUUACAGCGGAACAAAACUACAAAUGAUUUUUCCACCUUUAGGCAUUUUAAGUGCGUGGCUCAGUUAGCUCAAAAUGAACAUUUUCGUUUCUUAUAAUCAGUGUUUUAAUAUUUCAAUAUUAUCUGCUUUUAAGAAGCAAGUUUACACCAUUGACAUGGAUAUUGUUUUAGGAGCAGGGAGGAAUCAAUUCUUAGAUACAUCUCUAUUGAUUUCCCAAAAGUGUUACAAUCUGAUCAUUUUGUCUUGUCAUCGCAUGUAAAAUGACCGGUUUGUGUAAAUUAUGAAACACAAA